GGAAAUGACGUGCUAAUGUUUUGAAUCGUGCGGGCCAACAAGCAGCACGGAUAACCACUGCAUUGACCAGCCUCCCCCUACUACAUUUGGGGAUAACUUUGAGCUUCAUGUCCCCAUAAUUUCUGCCACACACUUCCUCGGCAGCACAGUAGGAGAACACAAUGGACCUCCACAAAAUCAUCCACAGUGCGAUGCACGAAUUUAUUCAGAUGUACAUCCCCGAUGCAGAUCUCAGCACACUGGAUGAUGUUCUUCUGUCUUACAUCACUGGAGUCCUGGAGGAUCUUGGCUCCCAGCAGAGUGUGGAGGAGAACUUUGACGUGGAGGUCUUCGGAGAGAUGCUAGAAGCUUACAUACCUGGCUUUGCUGAGAUUGACAGUGUAAAGGUCUGUGAAAUGAUGUUCAGCUUGGCUUCAAAACUAGCCACUGCUCGCACCUCAGUUUCCUUUUUAGCUGAUGAAGAAAACGACGUGCCUAAGGCAACGACAGAUGAUAUUUCAUUGAAACUCACCACAAUGCCCAGUGAACCUCCACCAGGAAGAGAAACACAGUGCCUUAAAACACAGACAGAGGGCGCCACUGCCAAGCUACCAGUGUCAGAGUGGGAGGCCCAGGAGCAGCACCUGCUGGAGAUGUUUCCCAAGUGUAGUCUGUCCGAGGCUCGUAGUGCCCUAUCUAUUGCCAAAGGAGACAUGGAGGAAGCUGUGCGUCUUAUCAUAGAGGGCGAUGUCCAACUCAGCCCCACUCCUCUUAAUGUAAACCAUGGGAAAAGUAUUUCCUCAGUGGCGGACCAGAAACUGAAAGAGAGCAUCCUUGAGAAGUACAUGCUGGUGGACAGGGAGGAUGACAAAAAAACGCACCGGCCUGUCGCCCCCAAAGAUGCUCCAAAGAAGCUGGUGCGGUACCACGGUAAUCAGGUGGUAACCACAAAGGGAGAGCGAUAUCAACUUGUGAAGAAAAACGAGACAGAGGACAUGAAGAAGACAUACGUCAACCUCAAGCCCGCUCGCAAGUACAGAUUCCAUUGAUGAAGAGCACAACACUGUAAGAGCAGCUACUGACAAUAUUGUUUACACUAUUAUUAAUUUAUCAAGUCCAUUUAGCCUAAAUUUGCUAGAUUUUUUUCCCAAGUAAAGGAACAUAUUUGUUAGUGUCAGUGGCUUAUUUGAAUAAAAUGUUACCAUUGUAUGCCUUGGUUAAAACGUGAAAUUACAGUGUUUCAGUUGUUCCUUUUAGUUCAUUUUAGGAACUUUUGAAAUUUUGUGUGAUAUUUUGGUGGGGAUGUUGUUACUUGUGUUCCAGUUUGUGUAACAGCCUAAGCUAUAUACGUUUUGCCAUCUCAGCAGGUCUGAUGUUGCACUGACGUUACUGUUGCUUUUUUUAACCACAUAACGUUUUUAUUUUAAUUUUUUUAUCAUUAUUAUUUUUUGUAUUGUCUUUUCACGUAGCACACUAUAGAUUCAAAAUUAUGACAUGACAUUAUAGAGAUGAACCUAUUUUAUUUUCUGUAAAUAAGUUCUAGUGGUGCUGUAAAAUUUCUGGACAUUACAAGUCACAACUGAUUUUUAUGUACAUAUGAAAUUUAAAUCAUUGAUGCCAAUUUUAUUUAAAGUUCUAUUUUUACAUCAUACAGAAAUAGUGCUGUCAAAAUGUUUUGUCAAACCUUGUGUUUUGGACAAUUUGUUGUGCUACAAAAUUGUUUUCAGAUGAAACUUUUGUCCGAGACAAAUUUUUUAAAGAACAUUUGUACAGCGUGAAGCCGCAGCAGUCGUCAAGUCUUUGAUAUGCGGUCUCCCUUGGUUCACAAGAGAAAGACCAUAGUCCAGAUUUGUUUUUAUCACCUUCUAUCAUAUCGCUUAGGGCAAAUAAAGAAAGGUUAUGUGAUAAUAUGCAAUGUUUUACACUAUAUAAAGUUAUUUUUGUUGUUUAUAACUAAAAAUGGAAAAACAGAAAAACAUUAAUUAACAUUAAACAGUAAUAGUGAAAAAAACUGAAACAUGAUGAGUUUGGCUCAAAGCCAUCCAAAAGUGUGACUUAGAAACCUGCCGCUGCGACCCGACAGACCUAUGAGUCCUGAGCAGCCUAGUUAUGAUUAAACAAGGGGCAGCAAUUAUUUCCACACACCUUUUUAAUAUAAUUGUAUUACUCGACUGUAAUGGAAAACACUAUAACUAUCAAUAAAGUAUUUGUUAAUUUUCUAGCACAACAAAUUCAAUUCUCAAGGGGUGCACUGAGUAUUAGAGCACUAUAAAAUUCUGGCAUAAUGAAGUGGAGGACUGUGGUUGCCCCUUAAAUGUUAACCGCAACAUGCUGCUGGAGGACUUGAUUUUAAAGUUCAUUCCACAGCAUUAUCUUUAUUUUUGAUAUAGAUGUUUAGAUUUGCAAAGUCUCAGAUCAUGCAUUUUAGUGUGAAGAGGCGCUGUUUUGUGAUUUCAGGGUCCAUUUACAUGAUGUUACUAAUGUGGUCCUCUUGGCUCCUUUCAUCUCAUUUGUGUGCUGUGAAUUUUGCUCCGCUUGUGAUUGUUGGUUGUGGUAUUUCAGAUUGUGAUUGAUUAUUAUUUCUUGUUAAUUGUAUAUUAGGAUAAAUGGGUUGGUCAGGUUUUUUUUUUUUUUUUUUUUUAGAUAUACCAGGUGUUUAUUUGUGUUCCCUCCUGCAUCCAUUUGGAGCAGCUAUAAGAAAUUGUUUUUGAUUGGUGGUAUAAUAUAGUUUUCCAAAGUGUAGGUGUAACACAAUCAAGUGUUAAAAAGAUGUGUUGUUACUGAUACUUGUCAUUAUCAGCAGCAAUGUUGUCUUCAAUUACUAUAUGAUGGUGUUACAGUAGAGCAUGGAACGGGUUUACUGAAGCCGUUUAGUCACAACUGAGUUUUAACCCCUCGCUUUGAGAAACCACUGACGCACAAUUUGUAGUAAAUAAAUACUAAUUUUUGUAGACUACCA